CUGGAAUUAGUGGGUAGCGCCUGCUGCGUUUUCGCACGUAGGCUGACAUCGCUUCUCGAACGCAUGGAAACUGUCAGAGCGCAGGUGACGCUGGCCGUGAAAGCACGGCCUCCUUCCCGUCCUAGUGUCCAUGUUCGGACCUCCUCCUCGGCAGAGCUCUGAUCGGAGGCCCACAUAUGCUUUCGACCAUCGCAUGACCGGUCUUCCCCAGACCGUUCCCUUACCUUAUCAUCGAAACCAACGUUCCACCGGUUGACUAGCUACCAUGGAGCCCACUGCGGUUGAUAUGUCCAAGAUGGAGCGCAGGAGUUCCGCGGCUGUCAAGAGAAGGGUGAGCAGGGCGUGCGACCAUUGCCACCGCAUGCGUACACGUUGUAAUGGACAGGCGCCCUGCUCCAGAUGCAUAGAACUCGAAUAUGUGUGCCAGUACAAUAGAGAAAAGAAGCGUCGAGGAAAAGUACCAAGACACAUCCAGAAACAAAGGGAGGCAGAGGCAGCUGCCUCACAUAGCCCACAGACACCAAACGAACUUCAGGUCGCGCCAAGAGGUCUCUUCGAGAGACCCGGUGUCUUGACUGAGAUCGAAGAUGAAGGCUGGUCGCAGUCAGAGCCAACGCCAGUGACGCAACACUUUGUUGCUGGCGGCAAGAGCAAUCUCCAGCACCCCGCAGAAUGGCAGAACUUCAAUCCUGGCGCGCCUUUUGACCCGCCGGUGACACACAUGAUGAUCGACCCACUGCUGCUAGGCUCCAUGCACGCCGAAAUACCACGCAACGAGGAGUUGAUGUACGCUAUGAGCGGACUGGCACCAAUGCCAGCAGAGUACGCUAACAUCGGGUAUCCUCUGCCGUUUCAAGCACCUCGACCAUCAUCGCCACCACACAGUUAUGGCUCUGCAGAGACCGGAUCACCACAGUCUGGAAUAAGCGUGAACUCAUCGCAAGCUGGUGCGAGAGUAAUGUGCAGGUAUCCAGUCUUGAAGCCACUCUUCCCACACCUUAGUGCUAUUAUGACCAUCUCCGCUGCCUGCGACCUCCUCGAAUACUACUUCCAGAGCUCAUCGUCGGUCUUCAUGGAGCCAGUAUCGCCUUACAUCUUGGGGACCGUGUUCCGGAAACGCUCGUUCUUACGCCAGCAUAAACCCAGGAAGUGCAGUCCUGCGCUGCUUGCCAGCAUCCUCUGGGUCGCUGCUCAAACAAGUGAGGCCACUUAUCUGACAUCUUCGCCAUCAGCAAGAGCGAUCAUAUGUCAAAAGCUGUGGAAGUUGACGGUUGACCUACUUAGGCCUUUGGUCCACUCUCCUGCCACACGAACUCAUGGUCUCGGUCGUGGUGGAGUCACUUCAGCAGGCCAAGACACAUUUAACGUAGAACGAGCCAUAGGACGAUACGAUGGACGGAUGGACGGCGCCAUGCCCCCUACUAGCAACCUGGACGACGUAGCCACCUAUCUCAACUUAGGAGUGGUGACUUCGGCGAGCGAGUAUAAGGCAGCGUCACUCCGAUGGUGGAAUGCUGCAUGGUCGCUUGCACGAGAGCUGAAGUUGGGAAGGGAGUUGUCUGCAGACCCUGUAAAAGUCAGCGAUGGACAAACAACCAAGAAUGGCGAGAUGGACGUGAGCACACCGGCCGCAGCGCUUGUGGAAGAGAUGAAGGAAGAGAGACGGAGACUUUGGUGGCUGCUCUACAUGAUCGAUCGCCAUCUUGGACUCUGCUACAACAGGCCUUUGGCCAUGCUCGACAACGAAUGCGAGGAUCUAUUCCAGCCUGUUCCGGACACAGUGUGGCAAGCCGGCGAAUUUUACACUGGUCACCAGGGGCAGAAGAGGAAAGGUCUUAACUUCCAGUGUACCUCGCACGACGUUUUCGGAUUCUUCCUACCGCUCAUGACGAUUUUGGGCGAUAUCGUGGACCUGAACGCACAGAAGAACCAUCCCAGAUUCGGUCAGCGCACAUCCUGGGAGCUUCAUGAAGCGGAGAUUACACGGCAGCUCGAAAGCUACGCAUAUAGUAUCGAAGACUUUAAGGCCCAGCACGGCUGUGGACAGAACGACGAUGUCAAUGCCAACGGAACACCUGACGCGAUUCGCAUGGAAUGGAUCCACCAGACACGAAAGAUUUCCGCCUACGCAACACACAUUAUGCACGUUCUACAUAUCCUGUUGCACGGCAAAUGGGACCCAGUGGCACUCCUCGAGGACGACAACAUGUGGAUUUGCUCGCCUUCGUUCCUCGCUGCGACUUCGAACGCCAUCUCCGCUGCGCACGCAAUUGAAGAGAUACUAGAUCUCGAUCCCGAUCUCUCAUUUAUGCCUUAUCUGUUUGGCAUGUAUCUGUUGCAAGGAAGCCUCAUUCUCCUCCUGCUCGCCGACAAGCUGUCCACCGAAACCAACGAUGGCGUAAUCCGAGCUUGCGAAACUAUUGUUCGUGCACAUGAAGCUGCAGUGGUCACGCUUAACACUGAGUACCAGAGAAAUUUCCGAAAGGUUAUGAUCUCAACACUCGCGCAGAUUAAGGGCCACGGGCAUGCGCGAGAGAUGACGCCUGCGAAACGCCGAGAAGUUCUCUCGUUGUAUCGAUGGACCACUUUGGGCAACGGUCUCGCAAUCUGAGCCCGGCAGUUCGGGUGCUACGAGCGAGAGGAGGCGUACAGGGGUGGAUGAUACGAUGACAUUUUGCAUGCACACUUUACAAGCGACGUAAUACAUUUUUGCGGACAGCAGAACGACUGAUGAGUACAGUUUUGAUACCAGCUUCGGAAAAGGAUACUAUAGGGAGCGGGUAGCGCAAUGAUACCACUUGAGAGUCUAUUUCAGGAAGCAAAC